AUGGUUCUUAUAGCCGCUUCUGUUUUUACAAAAUCUGGGAAAGCGUUGGUUACUCGCCAAUAUGUGGCUGACAUGACAAGGGCUAGAUUAGAAGGACUUUUGGAUGCCUUUCCAAAACUUGUGACUUCUGACAAAAGUCAACGUCAGCAUACUUUUGUCGAGACAGACAGUGUUCGUUAUGUUUAUCAACCAAUGGAUAGUAUUUAUAUGGUUUUAAUUACAACAAAAGCUUCAAAUAUUUUGGAGGAUCUGGAAACUUUACGCCUUUUUGCUCGUUUGAUUCCUGAAUAUUGUCGUUCCAAUGAAGAGUCAGAAAUUGCAAAUAAAGCAUUUGAUUUAAUAUUUGCUUUUGAUGAAGUUGUUGUUUUGGGUUAUCGUGAAAGUGUUAAUUUGGCACAAGUUCGGACUUUUACUGAUAUGGAUUCGCAUGAAGAACGAGUUUUUAAUCAAAUGCAAAUUGCUCAACAAAAAGCUGCAUUGUCUUUGAUGAAAGAAAAGGAAAAAGAAAUUAAACGCCAAGAAAAACUAAAAAAGCAUUUGAAGAGUGGGAUUUCAGGUUUAUUCUAA